GUCGUGGAUUGAGCAUGCCUGGCUGUAGUCACAGCAUUAAUUUGACCACAGAUCAGAGAUGGCAUCGCCGCUGCGAGUGUGCAGAGGAAUCUUAAAAGAGUUACGAACCAUCCAAGGACCGGUGUACAGACAGUCACUGGCCUACAACUAUGUCAUGGACCAGUUUCGUAAAAAUAAGGUGACAGGAGAAAGGUACUGCCGUGCCCAGCAGGAGGCACACCAUGCCUCACACACAUACCUGUGUUUGUUGACAUCCACCAGGAACCACCUGGCCCUGCACAACCUUUACCAUGGCAAAGGAGAGUGCAGCCCAGAAGAAGCGGCUGGCCUAGUGGGGCUCAGGCUGCCCACUCAGCCAGGAGGAAAAGGCUGGGAGAAAUGAGAACAAGGAAUCUUGAAACUCUUCAGAAAAGACUGCUUUGUUGCCAGUUCAAGUGGCAUCAAUACAUUUCACAUGUGAAAAUGUAUAAAUAUUUGACUGUAAUCCUGCAGACUGGGGAUUGUGCCACUGUAGACUGCUAUAAUAUGCCACUAUUGAAGCAUAUGUUGAAGCAAACACAAAAACAAACUGUAAGUGCAUUUUCAUUAACUGCUCCAUUAAAAUAUGAAUUACUGUU